CGAUUUAAAUCAGUGGCAGGUCGUUGAUAGUUUUUGAUGUCCUAUAGAGCAAACUGAAGGUUGUUCACCGUCUGUAGAUAACCGAUAAGGAAUCGUCGGAAUGAGGUCCCUGCUUUCAGUUGUUCUAGUCCUAACUUUGGUUGACCAUUCCUUUCUUCAGCAGUUUUCCUGUACUGAUGGUUGGGUUGGACACCACUCCAAGUGUUACUUCUUCAGCAAAACUAAACAGACAUUUGCCGACGCAUCUGCAUUGUGUCGUGCAUUCAACAGCAAGCUAGCUGAACCAGUGACACAAGAUGAACUGAACUUCUUGACCAGUCUGGUGGUAAUGAUAGGCCAAAGCGCCUCCUACUAUAUCGGUGUAACGGACUCUUUCCUCGAAGGACAAUGGGUGUAUUCAUACGCAAGAACUCUGAUCAGAGUCCGACCCCACUGGCUGAAAGGUGGCCCGGACAACUACCAUAACGAGGACUGUGUGGAGAUGGUGUCCAGUCAGAGCGGUCAGUGGUCGGACGUCCAGUGCACCACCAGCCUCUUCUAUAUCUGUGAAUACGACAACGAGAAUAACUUCAUCAACAAUGGAAUUCAAGGGCAAUUGUUAUGAUGAUUAGGACGUAAUUGUGGUCGUAAAUUGUUUUUUAUCAUUAUAAUGUAAUAGUUUACUUAGUAAAAAAAACUAUAUGCU